UUCGUAAACAAGGAAGGAACUGGUAGGUGAGAACAGUGUCCUAAAUUGACGAGUUGAAGGUUCAGAUUGAAGGAGCGUUUUCUGUGUUUUGUUGUUAUUUAUUAGUUGUACAACUAUUAACGCCCUGAACGCAGCAUUAUUAAAACUGACUUUUAUUAUGAACUGAUGACUUUAAUCCCGCUGCUCUUGACAGUUAAUUCCACCAUAGUGUCGUACAGCAGUCUCGGUUAAACAUGUCUCAGGUGGGGUUCAGCAGACUCUCCAGAUUCUGUCGUUUAUCGACGCGGAUGUUCGCAACUCAGAAGACUUCUCCAUUAAUAAUUCACGAGCAAGAGGACGGAAUAAGGAGAAUCAGUUUGAAUAACCCCAAGAAGAGGAAUGCUCUGUCUCUCGCCAUGUUAACCUCUCUGCAAGAGAACAUCCUGACUGGUAUAGACGACAAGGACCUGAGAGUCAUCAUCAUAUCAGCGCAGGGUCCGGUGUUCUCCUCUGGUCAUGACCUGAAGGAGCUGACCUCGGAACAGGGCAGAGAUUAUCACACAAGAGUGUUCAGGGUUUGCUCAGAGGUCAUGACCCUGAUUCAGGACCUCCCAGUUCCCGUGAUCGCGAUGGUGAACGGCAUUGCCACAGCAGCAGGAUGCCAGCUAGUUGCCAGUUGUGAUAUCGCUGUGGCGACAGACAAGUCAAGCUUUGCAACUCCCGGUGUGAAUGUCGGCCUGUUCUGCUCUACUCCAGGAGUGGCCAUUGGUAGAGCUGUUCCUAGAAAGGUUGCGAUGGAGAUGUUAUUCACAGGCCGGCCCAUCACAGCGCAGGAGGCUUUGCUUCAUGGUCUAGUCAGUAAAGUGGUGCGUGAGGAGUGUUUGGAGGAAGAAACGCUGGCCAUCGCACGCAGAAUCUGCGAGUCUAGUCGUCCGGUGGUGGCUCUCGGGAAAGCAGCCUUUCAGAGGCAGAUGGCGCAAAGUCGAGAUGCUGCGUAUGCGACUGCCACAGCUGUCAUGGUGGACAAUCUGGCACUGCAUGAUGGGCAGGAGGGAAUCCGGGCUUUUCUAGAAAAACGCCAGCCUCUGUGGUCCAACAGCACUGAGCAAGCACAUGACUGACUCAACUAACCACACACGAGUGAUGGUGUGGAAAAAGCAUCAUUUGGGUGUUAGAAUGCAUUGGAAAUUGAACAGUGUGUAUUCAUAAACAAAGUGCCAGAUUCUGUAUUGUGUGAUGACAGAUUUGGGAUUACACUGUGAUAUCCUUUUAGGAUCUUAACUGUAAUAAAAGCAGGCAAACCCCCCAUUCUUUCGAACAAUUUAUUAUGCUCCAAUCAUGUUUUAAUAAAACUA